AUGAGCUGCUGCAGGUUGUUUGUCCUUGUUCAUAAUGGGUGUUUCACCAAGCACGCUUCGCAGGCAGCCCUGCUUAGUGAACAGGCGAACAAUUUGCUCUACAAAUACUUCAUCUUCAUGGAUGGCGAUGUUGUCCUAAAAGAAUCUUUAGACUGGGGUAUGAAUGCUGGCGAUCCUUAUACAACCUUCGAGCGGUAUCUCUUGCUCUGGGAGCCUGCGGUUGGGUUUCCAGGGUUUUUCAAGGAUCCACCGGAGAUAGCACGGAAAGAAGUUGCGACAACCUACAACUUCGAUGCUAUCGUCAAUGCUAUCCAUCGGCAAGACCAUCGCUGUGCAGCGACAUCAAUGACGAGGGUCUUGGCCUUGGUUGUAUGCAGGGAUGCGAUUUGGCUGUUGCUACCGUAUGAUACGCAUUGGGAGCAUCGAUCAUGGUGGUACUCCCAGUAUAUCGUGGUAUUCUUGUCUGCGGUCUUCUUCAACCAACACAGAUUGCAAUUCAAUGCAAUCCGAGCUUACAACAAGGAGACGGGGUCUUACACCCAGAGGGACGACGAGUGGGAGAGGGUAUUGGUUGACUUUGGCAUUCCGGUUGCGCUGAAGAAAGGCAAUUUGUCGUACACAAGGAGAAACAACCGCUACGACCCCUGCCAUCCGUACUUCCAAAAGAAGCGAACCUUGCUGCAGUCGCUGAAGAUCGUGAACGCCACCAAUGAUUGUCGGAGCCUGCAAAGAAUUGACUUGUGCUGGUCCAACACGACAGUUGUAUGGGAGAUCUCUUCUGCGCUACAACACUACACCCGCAUUCAAGCUGGGGUCAAAGAAGCAAUAGGCUCAAAUCUCAGAAACAACAUGUCCUCCUUCUCUAGCCUACGAGAUUGCCCGUACGAAGAAUUUAAGAAUCGCAGGCUGUUCAACCACGGCUACGAGUUGAUGAUGAAACUUCAUGUCGACCUUCUCUUCACUCGCCCGUAA